AUGGCGGCUGACAUGAUGCUCGCGUUUGUGCUGCAGAUAUUACAGGAGCUUGUGGCUCAGCUUCAGCAAAACCUUCGCAUUCUUUACCACCUGAACGAGCAGACGAGGCUGAUGAACAACAGCAUCCACCACAUACUCGACUCACCGCGCAGCAGGACCCGACGGAGGACCAGGAGGCUCCGGGAGCUCUGGGUCAGACCCGGGAGAAGCAGCAGCUGGUGGGACAACUUUGUGAACGGCGCGGUCGAGGACAGCGACUGGAGUGAAAACUUCCGCAUGUCCAGAGCCUCGCUCGUCGCCCUGACUGAGCAGCUUCGCCCGUACGUCGAAGGCCAGACGACCAACAUGAGAGCGCCCGUUGACCCGCUGAAAAGAGUCGCUCUGACGCUGUACUACCUGAGCGACGGGGAGGGGGGUCUGCGGAAGACUGCCGACGCCUUCGGAGUGUCGCGGCAAGCCGUGUCCGUCAUCCUCAGGCAGACGUGCAAGGCCGUGGCGACCCACCUGGGUCCCAAAUACAUCAAACUGCCUUUCACCRAGCCCGAGGCCGAAGAGCUGGUGGUGGGCUUUUACGACGCGCACGGCAUGCCUCAGUGUUUGGGGGCGGUGGACAACACCCACAUAGAGAUCAAGCAGCCGUCCGUCAACGCUGCAGACUACAUUAACAGCAAAGGCAGAUACUCGCUGAAUGUGCAGGCCGUCUGCGACUACAAAUACACGUUCAUGGAUGUUGUGGUAAAAUGGCCUGGGAGCGUGCACGAUGCUCGGGUCUUUGCUAACUCCAGGGUCAACUUGUGYUUUAAGUCUGGCAAAAUUCCUGCUCUGAAAAAGCAGAUCAUGGACGAGGAGGAGGCCAUACCGAUGUUUCUCCUCGGCGAUCCAGCCUACCCUCUGCUGCCUUUCCUGAUGAAGGAAUACUCAGACGGAUGCUCUACUCCUCAGGAGCAAUACUUUGAGAUAUGUCUUUGCAGCGCGCGUAUGGUCAUAGAGUGUGCCUUUGGUCGCCUCAAGGCGAGAUUUGGUGCUUUGAGGAGACCCAUGGACAUCAACCUGAGGGACCUGCCCCAUGUCAUUUAUACUUGCUUUGUUCUGCACAAUUACUGUGAGGUCAGCGAGGAGACCGUGGAUGAACACACUUUGUGGGAAGCGAUGCAAGGCGACAAGGACUCACAACCUCCUACACAAAGCAGUGAUUAUGUGAGUGACUCAAAUGAGGAGGGAAAGAGAAUUAGGAGAGUUCUUACCAAGUACCUUGACCCAUAA